CGCAACCUCACCAAAUCCUCAUGCAGAGCAGGUUAAGUAAAUUUGGCUGUGUGCACAAAAACUCGUGCACAACAACUCGUGACGCGUGUCCGAACGAUGCCGGGUCAGCGCGUGGCGCACGCGGAACCGAACGAAACUGAUCAGCUCUAGCACACGGCAGGCACAUUGAUCAACAUAUCAAAACUUACAGAAAGUUAUCUCCAUUUAUGCAACAGAAUCGACCCUUGCAAGCUAUACUACAUCAAUUUGCAUUGCCCACACAAUCGCACGCAGCCAAAGUGAUACAGCUCACGACAACGCAAGGACGGCACCACACGCCAUGUCAAGCCAAGCAUCCGACCUUCUAUUCCAAUUCGACACCGAAUCUCCUGAAGAUUACAGCUUCGCAACCGGCAAUGCGAAUGCGGAUUUGGAAGGGACCCCAGCGACUCCCCCCAUCUGUCACCUCGCACGCCAACCCUCCCUCGCCGAGUGGCUGGACGAGUCACCUGCUGCCGGUGCUUGCUGGCUGCAACAGGAGGUCUCCUCCCUGCUAGCAGACCUCACACUAGCCCCCCCGCAGCACCGACAUGACCACCACAACACCCACAUCCUAGCGCGUCUCUGUACGGCACUCCACCGCCGCCACCGCCGCCGUCCCGGCUUCACAGCUCGACUCGUUCACCC